CGUGUGCGCAUGUAGAAAUUGUCUACGUCAUGAUAUGACGUGACAGUGAUUGUGUGGUUCACGUGAAUCGAAUUCUGAUUAGACCGAAGGAAGAAAGCUAAAGCCAAGAAAGGGCUUGUCCAACAAAAGAUCGUCACAACGCGAACAGGUUAGAUGGCGAUGGUGAUGAAGAAAGUCACUUUUAUGCAGGCGAUGUGCAUCAAUCGUUACAAACGCGUCCCAGGCGCAAGAGCCGUAUUUCUCAGUGUCGUGAUGGCCUGAAGAUUGAACACCGCUUCUUGUAGGAAACCACCGACAGUCCAGAUCAACUCCUGUCUGACAUUGUUGGACCAGUGUCACGGAGACGGCAGGAAUUGAAGCUGUUGACGUCAUACCUGGAUAGGGUUCCAUCCGGCGAGCCGACGCAGACGUCAGCCGGGCCUCGGUCGCUCACGCCACCCGACCCCGCUCCUACUGGACUUCCGCCAGACCUGGGCACGGCUUUAGAACCUACAUCACCCGGCCGUUUGUUUACUGACGUCUGGUGCGGGCAGUCUUCAAGAUAACAAGGUGGACGGAGCGCUGUGAGAGAGAGCUCAGCUGCGUCAGCGUACGUCCGGCCGUCGUGACCGGCCCGCCUCCAGCCCGGCCUAUCGGGAGGCGGAUAUGGAACCUGCGGAAGUAGAGGUGCACUCUCCCGCCAGCGUGCAGCCGAGCCCCGGGGAUCAGAUAAACCAGGAGAAAGAACAAAGACUAGGAGAUUUAAAGGAAACUGCGAGUCCGACAAAUAUCAGUUUGUCAAGAGGACUGGACAGCAGCAGCAUCCCUUCCGUGGAGCGGCCGGACAGUGUGAGUACGCCGGGACACAGCUCCCGUGACUGGACAGCGGACGGAGAAGGGCCAGGUAAAACUAACCGGGAAGACGCUAAAAACCGAACGGCUGUCACGGGCAUCUCUGCCGAGGACGGCAGGGACAAAGACAAGGCGCGGGAAGGAGAGAAAAGUGACGAGGCGACAGGUACCGUGUACGAGAACUACCGCCAAGCACAGGAGACUCUGUACGGCAGCCACUGUCCGUCCCCGGAGACUCUGUACGAGCCAAAACGUCCCCCUCGCGGCCAGGAGACGUACUACAGCGGUGUCUACCCAGCUCCACAGGUGGUACCAGCCGGAGGUUACGCCUACUUCCCUCCGCACCGGUCCGACGCCAUGGCCCCUCAGCCCUUCCCUCUCGCCCGCCCGCACCCAUACACCUACCUGAACCAAGUGGGCUCCACUCCGACGUCGCCCCACGGUACCGUGAGCGUCUGGUCCUCCGGCUACCCCGCAGGCAUCGGGAGGCCGAGCCCCAGCCCCGUCCUGGCCGCUAUACAGGUCAGGAACCGCAUCCGUCGUCGGUCAGGCGUCGACGUCGACGAGGACGGAAACCCCAUCAAGAUCGCCCGGAGAAUUUUCACCAACUCGCGUGAACGUUGGCGCCAACAGAACGUCAACGGUGCCUUUGCCGAGCUGAGAAAAUUAGUCCCCACCCACCCGCCAGAGAAGAAAUUAUCAAAGAAUGAAAUUCUACGACUAGCCAUGAAGUACAUCCGCUUCCUCCAGAAACUGCUCGCUGACAUGGACCGGGAGGCGGAGGGCGCCUCAGACCCCGCCCAACAUGAGCAUGAGCUGCCGACGUCCUCCACCAACCCAGACGGGAACGAAGCGCCCAGCAGCCCGGACACUGAGAGUGAGACACACGGUGGAACGGCGAACGGUGUCAUCACAGGAGAGGACGACAGCGGUGAAGUUGGAGUUUAACUUAGAAAAAACUGACUAUAUGGAUCCAUGAAAUGGAGCACUUGAACUGAGAUGACGUGACGUAUACCUGCCUGUAAAAAGUUAUACUAUCACUCCUGUCAGUACGUUGUACGGUACUACCUGUUUAUAAAAGUUGUCCAAAGGAACAGUCAGUUUCCAAAUCAAAAUCAUUUAAUGUAUUAUGAAGUAUUAUGAACGACAUCGGAUCUGGGAGAUUGAAAAUUACCACAAGUCAGGAUGGCACCAUCUGCCCCACAUACAAACAAAACGCCUGUUUUUACCCAAUGUUUUUCACACAGGAUCGCAGGUUUAUGUCGAACGCUUCCUCUUAAGCUUAGCCAUAAAGGACAUAGUAAAACCCUUUUAUUUUGAAACUGUACCAUCUGUUGAUUUCAUCCAUAUUGAAACUACAAAAGGAAGGAAACAAGUUAGACGUGAGGAAUUGUGAUCCAAUGUACUGAUACCCUAGUGUUACCACUCCAGACUACAAUGCUGAGAUCAUGGGUCUGCACUCACUCUAGAAUGACGUGUAAGAAGAUCCCUUCUGCUGGUAUCCGUGGUAACCCGUCCUACCUCUACUUGACAGCUAAUACUCGUAUACGUAAAUGACCACUGUGUGUAAUCUGGCACAUUUCUUGAGGGCUCAUUUGUGGAACUUUUCAGUCAGGAAAGAUGUGACAGUUCAGUUUCUUUCAUUGCUUCAUCUUCGAGUGAAAACGAUCAAUGUUUGAAGGGUGUAAUUUAACAUCUUGGCAACAUCUUAACAUAUUGGGAACUCCAGGAGGAAUUCCAAACGCCUGAAAAUCUGUGGCUAUUGUAUCUUGGUACCCUUACAAUGUAAGUUACAUGUUUUGAAUGGAAUGAACACAAACCAAGUCACUGACAUCUAUAAAUGAAUAUGUGCCCAGUAUGCUCACAUGCCAUCAUUGUAUGUAUCAAAGUUUUUGCAAGUACAUCCUGAACCUGAAGAAUUACAAGAAGAAAGUAUCUACUGUGUGUUCCAGUUAUUCACCAUAUUCUAGAUAUAGCCUGCACACCAAAUUUAUAAACUUAAGGUACACACACAUGGAGAGCCGUGAACUUCAUCCUUUGAUAAUUUCUUCUCUCGGGAGGGGAGCAAGCUUGACAUAUUUCCAGAGCCAUGUGUGUGUAUAAUAAGGGGCAUGCCAAGAAGGCUUCAACUUGGUAUAUCUGUCUGGGCUGUGCAUAGGUGUGUGGGACCUGGUGAAUACUGUUUUGUCUAAGUGUCCAGCUAAUUUGGCUGGUGACCCAAAAAUGUAAACUGUAUUUAUGUGGUAUUAAAAGCAUCCAAACAGGUUAAUUGAAUGUAGUUUCCUCAAUAUGCUACGUAUACCUGCAUAUGAAUGUUUGUCACAUAUCAUCAUAGGUCAUAUGAUGGAUGAAUGAUCCUCCGUACUGCACAAUA